AUGUAUUGGCUGUUGCAGAAUAUCGCAAAUAUUUGUGGCUCUUCACACUUUACUGAAUUCGUCUUCUCAUCGUCCUGUCUCCUUUUCCUCGUUUGUCCCCCGCCCGCCCGAUCUCCCUUUUUGUUCGUUUGUCCCCCGCCCGCCCUUUUUUCGUUUGUCGCUUUUUGUUCGUUUGUCCCCACGCCCCCCUCGCUAAAAAAUUGUCCGCCAACCCCUGGACAAGUCGCUUUUUGUCCCCCACCCCUGUUUGUCCGCCACCCCCCUGGGCCCGGUCUCGCUUUUGUCCGUUUGUCCCCCACCCUUUUUCGCUUUUGUCCGUUUGUCCCCACCCCCUGGGCCCGGUCUCGCUUUUUGUCCGUUUGUCCCCCCACCCCUCUCGCUUGGUGUUUUUUUUUUUUGCUUUUUGUCCGUUUGUCCCCCACCCCCCUGGGCCCGGUCUCGCUUUUGUCCGUUUGUCCCCCCCCCACCCCUGGGCCUCUCGUCUCGCUUUUUUUCCGUUUGUCCCCACCCCCCACCCGCCCGGUCUUUUAUUUUUUUCCCCCCUUUGUCAACCCCCUUUUUCUGCCCGGUCUCGCUUUUGUCCGUUUGUCAACCCCCCCACCCGCCCGGUCUCGCUUUUGUCCGUUUUGUCAACCCCCACCGCCCGGUCUUUUGUCCGUUUAUUUUUUUUUUCCAACAGACCGUCUUCCUUAUCAUCUAACACUUCAAGGACAUUAG